UACUGGGUACGGCUAAAACAUUGUUUUAGGUAUGUGGAGAGAGCUUUUCUGUGCGAGUUUUGGGGGAUUUCAGUUAAUCUUAAAUAAGCAAAUUUGAAGUUUGUACAACUUCCUUUAUGUUUGAAUUUACUACAUAUGCCACGGAAAUUCGGAAUGUGUAAAUAUUCAGUAUAGUUCCCAGGAAUUUGCUAAAUCAACAGAAAGGAAAUUAUUUAUUUUUCAGCAACAUAACAAUAAUUUUCCCAAUUUUGUAUAACUAAUUCAAAAGGGAAAAUGAAUUCUUUUCUUUUUUUUUUUUUUGAAAGUUUGAGUAGUUUCUGAAGUAAUGGGCCUAAUUCAGCGACCAAGAAACCCUUGAAAUCUUUGAAUUUUGUACUGAAAUUUCAAGAUUUCAAGCGAAUUUCAAGGGUUUCUUGGUCACUGAAUAAGGCCCAAUGUAAGAUUUUGUUUGAAGAAAAGGUCAUUAAAAAAAUUAACUAUUUAAAAAUAAAAAAAAAAUUAAAAAUUGAUAAAUUAAUAAAAAUUAAAAUAUUUUAGACAUUUUUAGCUAAGACACAUUUCGCAAAGGAAAGCUUUUUAUUGAAGCAUAAGUAAACCAUUAUAAGUUCUAAGUACCUAAGUUUUUUUUUCAUUUUCUUUAAUUCUCGAGUUGUGUUAUUUUGUUAUUCUAAGAAAUAUAAUUAAGGAAAAAAAAAAUUCUUUAAAAUCAGAACUUUUAGAUUAGUUUAGCAAAGGCAUAUUUUGCAAAAGAAAAAUGUUAGAGAAUAAAUUUUAAAUUAGAAUUUUCUUUUAUUUACAAGAUCUACGUAAGUUCUUGUCAUUUCAUUAUUUCUUUCAAUUCGCAAUUUGCACGAGUUUUUGUAAUCUUUAAUAAUAAAUUUAAAAAACGAUUUUUUGAAUCAGAAUUUCGAGACCGUUCUAGUCAAGACACAUCUCACACAAUGCCUAAACCCUUAAGAUUUUAUUCAAAUAAAAUGGAAAGAAGUAAUAAAAGAAAAUAUUUUCCACAGAAUCAAUCUCAGAAUGAUUUAAAGCAGGAAGCAUCAAAGAAAAUAUUUCCUUAAUGAAGUCAUCAACAAAGCUAUAGCGCGCCUACCAAUCUACAACUACGGCAAGACAAAGAAGGUGAUCAGUCAUACAACUUUCUCCCAGCAACACCUCCACCACCAAUGAGGUAAUCAAAUUUUGCAAUCUGAAUGAAAAUUUCCGCAAUGGUCGAUGACACCAUCGCUAAUACUGUCCCCCACGCAACAAAGAUGAAUGGCUUUUACUUCUAAAGCAUUCUUUACUGACAGAAAACCUCAUAAAGUAUGUAGUCUUCUGUGACCUUGUAGUAUCUAGAAAUAAUUGUGCGUGCCCCUUAGAGACGUAACAACCUUCGGAAUAUCUUUGGGUUAUCAGAGAAAAGAGAUUGCAAUCAACAACACCUUUAGGAUAAUUAAUUUUGUAAGAAGAUGGUGUGGUUCAUUUGCACUACGCCGUAGUAACACAACUUGACAAUAAACUCCAAGAAUUUUCACACUUCUUGCGGAAUGUCUUACGAUAAUGUUAGGGGGAUUCAUCAAUUUCUGUCAUUGCGCUAAAAUGGAUGAGACCUUCCCUGAUAGUGGUACGAUAUGAUAAUUCGAAGGUGGAAGUAUAAAACCAGGUCAGAACCACUUGGAUGGCAUCAGAAACGAACAAGCCUUCAUUCAGCAUGAAGUUCUUCUUGCUUGCGAUUUUGUGCUUCACGGCCACAUAUGCCGCUCCAUCGACUUUCUACGCCGACACCGACCACACAGAUGGUCGUCCUGGCUGUAGGACUCAGGAGGAAUUGAGCGUGCGCUUCUGGCGUAACAAUUGGGAUCCCGUUCACUACUGGGAGUGCGUUCAGCUCAACCAGGAUGCCGUGAGACAUCGCUGCGACUACUACACACUCUUCUCUGAGCAAGCACGAGCCUGCGUGCAUGUUAACACCUGGGAAUGGAGUCGUCCAAGAGAGCCACCAAGUCGUGGUGUUUGGGAUGGAAUUCCCCGUCCUGAUCCCACUGACCAGUGGCCUCCAUUCAACACUCCUUGCCCACCAUGCCCAGAAAUUACUACCCCAUGCCCACCGUGCCCACCACCAGAGGAUACCCCAACUACGACUACAACCACCACGACAACCACGACAACUACAACAACCACAACAACCACGACAACCACGACACCUUGCCCACCAUGCCCUCCAGACAAUGAACCACCAACUACUACCACUACAAUCUGCCCACCUUGCCCAACCCCUGGUCCAGGACCUGGCGAUCCACCACCAACUGGACCUCAGCCAGCAUGCACACAAGAGCAACUUCCAUGGUUGUGGGCUUCCGACAGUCCCUACUACUUCUGGCAGUGCCGCUCCCUCGGUGACCCACUCCUGAUGCCCUGCGCCCCAGGAACGUGGUUCUUCCAGGAUCGCCAAAUCUGCGACUGGCCACCAGCUAGCCUCCAGCGCAUCAGGCAACUCUUCAAGAAGGACUAAAAACAACCUUCAACGAUCUACACACAUACCCAACCUGCGCACACAUUUUAGGAUAAAUGUAAAAAGAAAAUCCUAUCCUAUAUGGAAGCAGUGUCUCAGAAGAAAAACUUUUUCCAAUCAUUUGUUACAAUUGUGAGAGUCCCCUCUAUAUAACGAACUCUAUAAUGUAUCCCCUGAAGGAAGGGAAAUAAAAGGAAUUAUGCAAUGAUGAAAAUUA